UUUAAAUUCAGUGCGCGAUCAAAUGUUAAAAACAUUGCAAGAAGCAGAGUCAGAAGAAAAUAUAAUCUACCCGGCAAUAUUCUCUCCCAUUGAAGAAUUUGAACAUAUUAUGAUUAAUUUGCCUUUAUUUUACCUACAAACUAAAGUUCGGGUUAAAAAUUCAUUAAAUAUUAAUGAAUGUGUAUUUAUAAAAAAAAAUUUGGUAUUAGAUCCAUAUAGUACACUUCCAACAACAUCAUUCUAUUUAUUUUAUUAUAAUAUCGCUAAUAAAAAAAUUCUUAAAACAAAACUCGAAGAAUUUGUUAUUAAUCCUUAUUUUGCUUAUAUAAUUGAAGAAGAAAAUAAAAAUAAUAGAGAAUAUUUAAAUGUUGACAUUGUUGAUUUGGAAAAUACUGAAGAGGGUAAUGUUAUUCCACCUCAAAGACAUACUUUGCUUCUUAAAAUGAUACAAGACUAUGUGCAGAAGCUUCGAAACUGCUGA